AGUAAUAAAAGGAUUGCAAGAAGAAGAGCCAGAAAUGCUAUUAAACGUCCUCCUCACCCAUCUUGUUUCCUUUCGAACCCUAAUCUUCAUCAUACAUCAUUCAUGGCCACUGCUUCUGCUACUUUCUACCUCUCUCCCUCCACCGCCCGCCUUUCCUGUAACCUUUAUCGGUCCUCUUUCUCUCAAUUUCCGCAGUUUCGAAGAUCCCUCGUAAUCAAGGCCUCCACUACUCUAGAUUAUCCAAAAGUUUCUACCGUCAAUAAGCCCUCGACCCCAUCCCCAUCGAAGACCGGAAACUGGCAAUGGAAAUUCAAUGAGAAGUCUGUUAAUAUCUAUUAUGAGGAACAUGAUGGGGAGAAACCUGAGUCCCGCAAGAACAUCCUUAUGUUACCCACCAUUUCUGAUGUUAGCACUGUAGAGGAAUGGAGAUGUGUAGCUGAAGACGUUGUUGCACGGAGUGGAAAUGUCAAUUGGCGGACUACUAUUCUUGACUGGCCUGGUCUGGGUUACUCUGAUAGGCCAAAGUUGGAUUACAAUGCUGAUGUGAUAGAGAAUUUCUUGGUAGAAUUUAUGAAUGCACCUGAUAGUCCAUUACGUAACUCAGAUGAUGAAUUGGUAGUUGUUGGAGGAGGGCAUGCAGCCACAAUAGCACUUCGAGCUUUGAAAAAGGGUUUGGUUAAAUUCUCAGCAAUUGCUGCUGUUGCACCUACCUGGGCUGGUCCGCUCCCUAUUGUUUUCGGUCGAGACUCCAACAUGGAAUCAAGGUAUGGGCUGUUGAGGGGCACCUUGAGGACCCCUGCUGUGGGUUGGAUGAUGUACAAUGUGCUUGUCAGCAACGAGAAGGCUAUCGAAUCGCAGUACAAAUCUCAUGUCUAUGCAGAUCCUGAGAAGGUGACUCCCGGCAUCAUCGAGACCAGGUAUGCCCUGACAAAACAGAAAGGGGCACGUUAUUUGCCUGCUGCAUUCUUGACUGGCCUACUUGACCCUGUUAAGUCGCGGGAAGAGUUCCUUGAACUGUUCACAGCUUUGGAGGGGAAGACUCCUGUUCUUGUUGUGUCAACCAUAGCCUCACCCAAGAGGUCAAAGGCAGAGAUGGUUGCUCUGAAGGGAGCUAAAGGGGUCAGCAAGUUCGUCGAGGUUCCAGGGGCUCUUCUACCCCAUGAAGAAUAUCCUACUAGUGUUGCAGAGGAACUUUACAGGUUCUUACAGGAGAACUUUGACCCCCAGUUUCAAAAUUGAUAUUGCUUGGAACUAUUAUUGAAAUGAAGGGAAAUAAUCAUGUUUUACAUUGUACCCAACAAGAGAACUUACCUCUA